AUGGCAGACGCAGCGCCCAUAGAUCCCAACAACGUCCGAGAUCCUAACUCCAAGAGCGCAGCCAAGAAGGAAGCGAAACGCCUCGAGAAAGAGGCGAAGCUGGCUGCCAAGGCUGCCAAAAACCCAGCAACUCCCGCCUCCGACAAGAAGCCCAAAGCAGAGAAGAAGGAAAAGGAAAAGGAUGUCGAGGAGCCGUUCGUCAACACGACACCAAAGGGCGACAAAAAAGAUCUUUCUCAGCCUAUGGCAGCGGGCUACAACCCCAUCGCUGUCGAGUCCGCCUGGUACGACUGGUGGUCGGCCCAAGGCUUCUUCAAGCCCGAGUACGUCCUGCCUGGGCAAAAGGCAGAAGGCCGCGAAACGUUCGUUAUCCCCUCCCCGCCCCCCAACGUCACUGGAAGCCUGCACAUUGGGCACGCGUUGACCGUCGCCAUCCAGGACGGUCUCGUCCGAUGGAAUCGUAUGCGUGGCAAGCGGACACUCUUCGCCCCCGGAUUCGACCAUGCGGGUAUCUCGACUCAGAGCAUCGUGGAGAAGCGGCUGCUGAAGCUGGAGGGCAAGUCGCGUCACGACCUCGGACGGGAAAAGUUUCUGGAGACCGUCAUGGAGUGGAAAAACGACUACCAAGGUCGUAUCACGAACCAGCUACAUCGACUCGGAGGAAGCUACGACUGGGAUCGCGUCGCAUUCACCAUGGACGAGAACCUCAGCAAGGCCGUCAUCGAGACGUUCUGCCGGCUGCACGAAGACAGCAUCAUCUACCGCGCGAACCGCCUCGUCAACUGGUGCACCAAACUCAACACGACGCUCUCUGAUCUUGAAGUAGACCAGAAGGAGCUCGAGGGCCGGACGCUUCUUUCCGUUCCCGGGUACGACGCGAAGGAGAAGUUCGAGUUUGGAGUGUUGACGAGUUUCGCGUACGAGAUAGAGGGCUCAGAUGAGAGGAUCGUCAUCGCCACGACGCGUCCAGAGACGAUGCUGGGCGAUACCGCCAUCGCCGUACAUCCCGACGACCCACGAUACACCCACCUGCACGGCAAAUUCGCGAAACACCCCUUCGUGCCGAACCGCAAGCUGCCCAUCGUCACGGACAGCAUCAUCGUGGACAUGACGUUCGGUACCGGCGCCGUCAAGAUCACACCGGCACACGACCAGAACGACUACGAUGUCGGGAAGCGGCACAACCUCGAGUUCAUCAACAUCCUGAACGACGAUGGGACGUUGAACGCGAACGCCGGGGAGAGGUUCUCGGGGAUGAAGCGGUUCCAUGCGAGGGUGAAGGUCGUGGAGGCGUUGAAGGAGCUCGGGCUGUUCGUGGAGACGAAGGACAACAAGAUGAUGAUCCCGCUGUGCAGCAAAUCGGGCGAUAUCAUCGAGCCGCUGCUCAAACCCCAAUGGUGGGUAAAUUGCAAACCGCUCGCCGACGAGGCUAUCAAGCGAAGCCGCGCCGGCGAACUCACGAUCAACCCCAAAACAUCCGAGAACGAGUGGUACCGCUGGCUCGAAGGCAUCCAAGACUGGUGCAUCUCGCGCCAGCUCUGGUGGGGGCACCGCGUCCCCGCCUACUUUGUACGGAUCGAGGGCGAAUCGCAGGACAUCAACGACGGGGCGCACUGGGUCGUCGGGCGUUCGCUAGCGGAGGCCACCGAGCGCGCUCAAAUCCUUGCCGCUGGUCGGCCGUUCACGCUCGAGCAGGACCACGACGUCCUGGAUACAUGGUUCAGCUCUGGGCUGUGGCCAUUCUCCAUCAUGGGCUGGCCGCAGUCCACUUCGGACGUGCGGGAGUACUACCCCUCGAGCCUGCUCGAGACGGGGUGGGACAUCCUGUUCUUCUGGGUCGCGCGCAUGGUCCUGCUCGGCAUCCACCUCACGGGGAAGAUGCCCUUCGCGGAGGUCUACUGCCACGCGAUGAUCCGCGAUGCGCAUGGCCGGAAGAUGAGCAAGUCGCUCGGGAAUGUCAUUGACCCGCUGGACGUCAUCCAAGGCUUGUCCCUUGAAGCUCUGCACCAGAAGCUGUAUGAGGGAAACCUGGACGAGAAGGAGAUUACGAAGGCGAAGGCGGGCCAGAAGAAGGAUUUCCCCAAGGGCAUCCCGCAGUGCGGGGCAGAUGCGCUGAGGUUUGCGCUCUGUGCCUACUCGGGCGGAGGACGCGACAUCAACCUCGAGAUCCUGCGCGUCGAGGGCUACCGCAAGUUCUGCAACAAAAUCUUCAACGCGACCAAAUUUGCCAUGCUCAAGCUCGACGACUCCUUCGCGCCACUCGCCGAGGCCAAGCCCACUGGCUCCGAGAGCCUCGUCGAGCGUUGGAUCCUACACAAGCUCAACAUCGCGGCGACGGAGAUCAACAACAGCCUCGCCGAUAGGAACUUCAUGGCUGCCACCAACGUCGCGUACAACUUCUGGCUGUACGAGCUGUGCGAUGUGUACAUCGAAGCGAUGAAGCCGAUGACAGACGAGGUUGCACCCGAGGCCGUUCGUCGGUCAGCGCAGCAGACGCUGUACGUCUGCCUUGACCAUGGCCUGCGUCUUCUCCACCCCUUCAUGCCGUUCGUCACCGAGGAACUCUGGCAACGUCUUCCUCGCCGCCCCAACGACCCGACGCCAUCGAUCAUGGUCUCCACGUUCCCGGUCAACGACCCCGCAUUCGUCUUCGAGGACGCCGACAAAGACUUUGAUCUCGUUUUCUCCGCCAUCAAGACCGGUCGUUCGCUGGCUGCUUCAUACACACUCCAGAAGGACAUCCAAUACUUCAUCCAAGUACAAACUGAGAAAGAAGAGGCCCUUUUCUCCUCACAAGUGCCUACGAUUGUUGCCCUCUCGAAAGGAUGCGAGAGUGCAAAGGUCGUUCGGGACGCUACCUCGAUCCCCGCCGGAUGUGGCAGCGCUGUCGUCACGUCGACGAUUAUCAUCUACACCCUCGUUCGGGGACUCGUCGACCUCGACAACGAGAUUUCCAAGUGCGACAAGAAACUCGACCUCGCUCGCCUCAACCUUGGAAAGAUCCUGAAGAUCGAGUCACAGGCUGAGUACUCGGAGACUGUCCCCGCCAAUGUUCGUCAGGCAAACGAAGACAAGCGGAAGACGCUCGAGGCUGAGAUCGCCACUUUAGAAACCUCGAAGGAAAUGUUUGUGAAACUGAAGUAG